AUGAGUCUUUCCCAGCGUCUUUUGGUCGCUGACGCCCACAGGCAAUUUCGCGAAGAAGCCGAAGAAAACGCUGAGGGUGAGGGUGGAGAGGCAAGUGGCUCUGAAGCGCCUAGCCAAGCCGUAAGGCCCAGAAGGCGGGCUCAACGGGGAGCUCGUUUCGACCAGUCAGACCGUCUUCCCGCACCAAGGAGUAUCCGCUUCGACGAGAUAGACUGCCGUCCUGUGGUAUACCAUCCUGGUGGGAUCUUCGAAGAACUACCUUCGCUCCCUCCCGAAGUGUUACGUGAUCCGCGAGUUCAAUCGUGGGGAAACGUGUUCAGUUCAUGUUCUUCCGACGAGACUGUGAAGAAUUUGCUAAGGGAGAAUGGUGGCGCCGGCGUCACUUACCUCAUUCCGUCUACCGAGCAGCGCCCAAGGUCACCACCAGUCGGUUACCAAUGCAUAUACGAGUCCUACUUCAAGGAUCAGACUAAGCUCUGGUUCCCAAUCCCGAGAUUGAUCACGUCUUACGCGUUUCGUCGGGACAUCGCCAUAUCUCAGCUGCUGAACGGGUCGCUGCGCAUAGCCAUCAUGCUAAUGGUUAUGGUCGCGGAAAUGGAUGUUUUGAUGAGCGUGAGAGUGUUCGAAGAACUGACUUUCACGAAGGCGGAGCCAAACGGGAUCUUUUCAGUAAAGAUGCGAGCGAGUUACAAUGUCUUGACGGGUCACCCAAACAAGACGCAGGAUUGGCAACGACCAUACUUCUACGUCAAAUCUGAUGAGCACGCCUUCGAGGAGCCGCCGGGGGACGAUUAUCGCGUUUUAUGGAAUCAGCAACUCGUUCGUCAUCCUAAUACGAUCGCCUAUCCUGAAAAGUUCUUUGAAUGCGCCCAAUUGUUCGCGACGCACAGUCAUCUCCGUUGGCCAGAUCUUAGUCGGGAGUGGAUACGUCGUCAACAAGCUAGGAUUGCUAGAGUUGACUGGGAAUCGAGACUUCCUUGUGUACUCGGUCCUCGCAAAUCACGCCUCUCCUUGUUUACUCGGAAACAAAAAAAGCUUCUCAACAAGGCCAGAGAUAUGGAGGGAAUUCCUGACUUGAGUGCCCUGCUAAAAGGGAAGCUUCAAAUGCUCUCAUCGAAGUCGUCCUCUGCCGGUGCCUCAGAGGUCAGGCCUGUUCCCACAGAUGGAGAUGUGAACUCUGAGCCGCCAGCUCAGAGUUCCCAGAAGAAGAAGGCCAGUAAGGCCAAGAAAAGGAGUGUUCCAUUGGAGGAGGCCCCAUCCUCCGCUGAUGCCUCUGAAGUCGCGGCUAAAAAGAAGAAGAAGAAGAAGGACAACAAGAAAAGGUCUCGUGAGGAGGCUUCUGUUGAGCCUCUAAAGACCUCAACGGCCGCAGGGGAUGAUGAUGCGGGAAAACACGAUCCAACUGAUUCUACUCGGGGAUCGUCUGAAGAACGUCCCAAGAAGAAGUUGAAGAAGACGACCGCAGAGGAUGAUGGGACUCCUGCUCCUGAGGUCCCUUCUAAAAGUGGGGGACAGGCUACUGAAACCGGAGAUGGUCCUCGGGAUGAAUCUCCGUUGAGUAAGGGAGCCCUUUCUCAUUCCGCGAGGAAGAAGGGUGUUGAAAGUGGAGGUUCGCUUCCGCAGAAGGCGGGAAAAGGAUUCCCGGAUCGCGUAGAGUUCUUGUACGACGAGACGACUCCGUUGGUACUAAAUCCGCUUCGAUGCGCGGAACUAGCCCGUCAGAUCCGUGGUGGGACAAAAGAGUUGCCACCGAUCGAUGACUUGUGCUUUAAGAAGGAGUACAUUGAUGCGGCUAUGGCGAGCAAACGGAGUGACGGGAGUAUGAACUAUCUCGUCGAGAAGUACGAUAGUACUCUAAAGCAGACGAUGAUCCAGCUGGGCGCGUCGGAAAAACUUGUGCGAACCCGGCUAGGCGUGAUAGAGAGGUUGCGCGCGGAGAACAAAAAGGCUAGCGACAAAGCAUCCAAAGAGAAGGAAGUCCUCCGGGUCAAAUUUGCAGAGCUAGAAGACAAGUUAAAGUCUGAUCGUCUUGCAAAAAGGGAUGCUCUGCGCGAGAAGGCUCGUUUAGAGCGGUUGGUCGUUUCUCUUGAGAAGGAGAAAGCCGAGUUAGAGGGGGAGAGGGAUGCCGUCGUUGGAAUGCUGGUCAAGGAGAGGGAACGCUUGAGAAACUCUAGGAUUCAGGAGGACACUCGCGAAAGGGUCAAUGUCCAGACAGCUAUGGCAGACAAGUCUACUCGCUGCUUUGGUCGAGUAAAGGACUAUCUGGACCGUCUUAACGCGUUGGAGAAAGCCAAGAGUUUAUAUGGGAAGCUUCAGGAACCAAGAAGUGUCUUGAGGUGA